UUGAUAAGAUUUGAUGUUUGUUGUUUUUUCAGAAAUAAUGGUUAUUCAAAUCGAGGAAGAUAUAACGGUAAUGGUCCUUCAAAUAGAGGAUUUCGUCAAAACCAUAAUAUUGCAAAGGUUAGAAAAAAGUCUAUAUGUAGAUCAAAAAUAUUAUGAAAAUAAAAAAAAUUUUCUAGGGAAAACCAAUGGUGACUGUUGUUGAUCAUGGCGAAAAUAUACAGGAGAAAAGUACAAUUGAAAGAAUUUGUGAGUUGAAAUUCUACAUAGAAGAUAAAUUAAUCAAUCAGAGUUAUUUUUAGUUGGAAGAAAGACGGUUAAACCGAAAGUUGAAAUGAUCGAUUUGGAAACAAAGUGGGUUUUUUGAAAUUGAAUCACGUGAAAUUUCACGUCGAAAUUUAAUUAAGAACAAUUUUCAUUUUUAUAUGUAUUGUUGCAGCGAUAAUGAUGAUUCUUCCUCUGAAAUUGUAUGUCUGGACACGGAAGAAGUUCCAGAUGGAAUUCCAAGUUCAUCAAAUCCUACGGUAAACCACUAAUUUGUUCCCCCAAAUUGUAUACUAAUUUUCAGACCUCUUGCCCAAAUGAAUCUGAACAAGAAGAUGUUGUCGAACCAACACCAACAAUUUCACCGAUUAUGGAAAAUGGUUUAUUUUUUUACUAACAACAGAAUUUUUCAACAAAAAAAAACAACAAACAUAGUGCCUUUCAAUGUUAUCAAAUAACGGUUUUGACAAACUGAUAAGAUAUUUUUGCUAUUUUUUCCAAGUUUUUCGAGUUUAAAAUUUGUCUAGUUUCAAUUUUCCAGAAGUCGAGGAGGAAGAAAUUCAAAUAAUUGCCCAAAGAACAUUUCCGAAGAAAACAAGUGUGGUAAUAACAAGGAGAAGAAGUCAAAAACGACAAAAAAUGGAUCAACAGGUAAAUUAUACACAGAUUUUGGAUGUUAAAUUGGUAAUUUUCAGUUUCCACCUCCUUGUGUUCUUGAUGGUUUGAACUUAUAUUUGAAUAAUCGAUUUCCAUCAAGUAAUAUAACUCGAAGAUGGGUGGUUGUUCCGGUAAGAAUAUUUUUGAUGAAAGUUUUUGUUUGAAAAAAAAUUGAGAUAAAUUUCAGCAAGAUCUUUCACGGAUAAAUUGCACACCUUCAGUAGAAUUUACAAUUUGUUCGUAUAAUGUUCUAUGCCAAGAAACGACUCUAUCAACCAGUUAUUUAUAUCGCCAUACAAUGUAGGUUUUUAAAAUAAUUUUUAUUAAAAAAGUGUUGAAAGAAUCAUCUGAAAAAUGCCCUUUUUCAGAAAUUCUGACUGGUUAAAUUGGGAGAGAAGAUGGCCGAAUUUUAUUCGAGAAAUUCAACAAAUAAACGCGGAUAUUUUUGGAAUGCAAGAAGUUCAAGAUGAUCAUUUCAUCGGAUCUUAUACCCCAUUUUUCAAAAAUGGUGGCUACGCGGGUUUAUUUAAACAAAAAUCGGGAACAAAACGAGAUGGUUGUGCGAUAUUCUAUAAAUCCGAAAUGUUCGAUGUUCUUGAUUAUUUACCACUCGAUUAUUUUGUGAGUUCUUCUGCAACUUCGAAUCGAGAAAAUGUUGGACAAAUUGUUGUUUUCCGAGCAAAAGCAAACGGUGCUUUAUUGAUUGUUGCAAAUACACAUUUAAUAUUUAAUGAAGAACGAGGAGAUGUUAAAAUAUCACAAUUAGCGAUUCUUUUUGCCAAUCUUUUUGAGGUUAGGACAAAACAUAUCAUCGCAAAUGUUUCUCCAUCGAUUAUUCUUCUCGGCGAUUUUAACAUUGAACCAUAUUCUUCGAUUUAUGAUUUCAUUAAAAAUGGUAAAAUCCACGUGGCAAAUGAAUAUGUUCGAACUUUGAGUGGACAAAGUAAAAGAGAAGGAGGUGCAAAAAUCGAUUAUAAUAAAUUGAUUGAUAAAGAAUGGGGAAUCGGAAUGGAUUGUGUAUUUAAAAAUCGAUCAUGUAAUCCGAAAAAUGGAAAUAUUUCGCAUCCAUUCGUUUUCAAAUCGGUUUAUAAUCAUGGUGAAACAAGGGAAGGAGAACGAGAAAUUUCGACAUAUCAUAAGGAUAAGGCAAAUCCUGAUUUCAUGUUCUACACAGAAAAUGAGGUAUUUUCUACAGAUUUAUAGAAAAAACAGAGUUUUAAGUUGUUUUUUUUUCCAGAAAAAUCAACUGGUCCUAACACAUCGUUAUCAACUUCCAUUAGCAAAUCAUUUGGAAAUUCUGACUCCCUGGCCAAAUUUUUUUGUUCCAAGUGAUCAUAUUCCAUUAUUAGCCAGAUUUAAACUAUCAAAUUGA